AUGGCGGAGGUGACCGGAGACGGAGGAAUGGCCACCGCGGGGGAGUUUAGCUCCAUUGAGAAUAGUUACGGCAAUGCGAGGAUAACCAGUGAGGCGAAUGUAACGCCGAUGUCUGUGUCGGCGUCGUUUAAGGAAGGGAAAGGUUCUACGUCCAGGCGGAGGGCGUCGGUGAGGCCCAGUCUUGAUGCCGAUGAGUUCAUAAAUCUACUUCACGGUUCGGAUCCGGUGAAGCUGGAGCUUAAUCGACUUGAGAAUGAAGUCAGAGAUAAGGAUAGGGAAUUGGGCGAAGCGCAGGCCGAGAUCAAAGCCCUGAGGCUGUCUGAGAGACUCAGAGAAAAAGCAGUUGAAGAGCUUACCGAUGAAUUGUCAAGAGUGGAGGAGAAGCUAAAGUUAACGGAAAACCUCCUCGAGAGCAAGAAUCUUGAAAUAAAGAAAAUUAAUGAUGAAAAGAAGGCCUCAAUGGCAGCCCAGUUUGCAGCAGAAGCCACCCUUCGCAGGGUGCACGCUGCUCAAAAAGACGAUGACAUGCCUCCCAUUGAAGCCAUCCUGGCACCCUUGGAGGCUGAGCUUAAACUCGCCCGGCAAGAGAUAGCAAAGCUUCAAGAUGAUAACAAAGCGCUUGAUCGCCUCACUAAGUCAAAAGAAGCAGCUUUACUAGAGGCUGAGAGAACUGUUCAAGUUGCAUUGGCAAAGGCAUCUAUGGUGGAUGAUCUACAGAACAAAAACCAAGAAUUGAUGAAGCAGAUAGAGAUUUGCCAGGAGGAGAACAAGAUAUUGGAUAAAUUGCACCGUCAAAAGGUUGCUGAGGUGGAAAAGCUUACUCAAACUGUGCGUGAACUUGAAGAGGCCGUUCUUGCUGGUGGUGCAGCUGCUAAUGCUGUUAGGGAUUAUCAGCGGAAAGUUCAAGAGAUGAAUGAGGAAAGGAAAACUCUUGAUCGGGAGCUGGCACGGGCAAAAGUAACCGCAAAUAGGGUCGCAACUGUGGUUGCUAAUGAGUGGAAAGACGCCAAUGACAAGGUGAUGCCUGUCAAGCAGUGGCUGGAGGAGAGAAGGUUCUUGCAGGGUGAAAUGCAGCAACUGAGGGACAAACUUGCCGUAACUGAGAGAACUGCGAAGUCUGAAGCACAGUUGAAGGAAAAAUAUCAACUGCGUCUGAAAGUUUUGGAGGAAACUCUACGGUCGCCAGGAUCAAUUCGCAGCACACCCGAUGGAAGAAGUUCAAGCAAUGGUCUCUCCCGUCGUCAAUCCCUUGGUGGAGCUGAGAAUAUAUCUAAGAUAGCAUCCAAUGGGUUCUUACCCAAGAGAUCACCAUCGUUUCAGCUUAGAUCUUCGGGGAGUAGUUCCGUGUUGAAGCACGCGAAAGGAACAUCAAAAUCUUUUGAUGGUGGUUCUCGAUCACUGGACAGGGGGAAAAUCCUCUUGAAUGGAACAGGUCCCAACUUUAAACAAAGCCAUUCCUUUGAUGUAACCAAGGAGAGUGAGCCUGAAAAAAGUACCUGGAAAGAAAGUCAAGAUGAAAAACCAAGUGAUACACGAGUAGGAGAUACGGAGGAUACAGUUCCUGGUGUACUAUAUGAUUUGCUGCAAAAAGAGGUGGUUGCUUUGAGGAAAGCUGGUAAUGAAAAGGAUCAAAGCCUGAAAGAUAAAGAUGAUGCAAUUGAGAUGUUAGCAAAGAAAGUAGAAACUUUAACUAAAGCUAUGGAGGUCGAGGCAAAGAAAAUGAGAAGGGAAGUUGCUGCCAUGGAGAAAGAGGUGGCUGCUAUGCGAGUGGAGAAAGAGCAUGAGAACAGAGCAAAGCGAUUUUCAAAUUCCAGGGGACCUGUCAGCAGUUCUCAAUCGGGACCUGGGAGGUAUGCAGCAUAG